CGCCUCAAGCCCUACCCUGCUCUCUGCUCUGCUCCCGUUCCCAUCUAUCUCCGAUGGCUUCCACUGCUGAAAUUCCGAAAACAAAGAAACCCAGGAACAGCCGGAAGGCUCUGAAGGACAAAAACUCUACACCGGAGGAGCCACAAUCUGAAUCCUCCAUGGUUACGAAAGUGACACAGCCAUCGGAAGAGGAGAUCGUCCUCUCUCGGAAUCAAUCUUCGGCUAAGAAACCGAAAUCCAAAGCUGCGCCGAAGAAGCAGCCGGCGAAGCAGUCCUUCGACAAAGAGUUGCAGGAAAUGCAGGACAUGCUUCAACAAUUGAGGCUCGAUAAGGAGAAGACUGAGGAGCUUUUGAAAGCCAAAGAUGAGAUGCUUAAGCAGAAGGAUGAAGAACUUAAGACGAGAGAUAUGGAGCAGGAAAAGCUCCAGAUCGAAUUUAAGAAGUUGCAGAAGUUGAAGGAGUUCAAACCUACUAUGAACUUCCCUAUGAUUCAAAUUCUGAAAGACAAGGAACAAGAGAAGAAAGAGAAGAAGAAGUGCGCGGAAAAGAAGAGGCCAUCUCCACCUUACAUCUUAUGGUGCAAAGAUCAAUGGAACGAGAUCAAGAAGGAGAAUCCAGAGGCAGAGUUCAAGGAGAUCUCGAACAUUUUGGGGGCGAAGUGGAAGAAUGUCACAGCAGAUGAGAAGAAGCCAUAUGAGGAGAGGUAUCAGGCUGAAAAACAAGCCUAUUUGCAAAUCACUUCUAAAGAGAAGCGUGAAAGUGAGGCGAUGAAGCUGUUAGAAGAGGAGCAGAAGCAGAAGACAGCCAUGGAGCUGCUUGAUCAAUACCUUCAAUUCAAAGGGGAAGCCGAGAAAGAGAACAAGAAGAAGAAGAAAGAGAAGGAUCCAUUGAAGCCCAAGCAUCCUAUGUCUGCAUUCUUUCUCUUUUCAAAUGAGAGGCGUGCAUCCCUUCUUGCCGAAAACAAGAAUGUUCUAGAGGUAGCGAAGAUAACAGGUGAGGAGUGGAAGAACAUGACAGAGAAACAGAGAGGUCCUUACGAAGAGAUGGCGAGGAAGAACAAGGAAAAGUACAUGCAGGAAAUGGAAAUGUACAAGCAGCAAAAGGAGGAGGAAGCAGCAAUCCUCAAGAAGGAAGAGGAAGAACUAAUGAAGCUUCAUAAACAUGAAGCUCUGCUGUUGCUGAAGAAGAAAGAGAAAACCGAGACUAUAAUAAAGAAAACAAAAGAGGAGCGGCAGAAGAAGAAGAAGGAAGGGAAGAAGAGUGUUGAUCCUAACAAGCCCAAGAAGCCUGCAUCCUCUUACAUCCUGUUCAGCAAAGAAGCAAGGAAAAGUGUAAUGGAGGAGAGGCCAGGAGCCAACAAUUCCACAGUGAAUGCACUGAUUUCAGUGAAAUGGAAGGAACUAAGUGAAGGGGAGAGGAAGAUGUGGAAUGAUAAAGCUGCAGAAGCCAUGGAUGCUUACAGAAAGGAAUUGGAGGAAUACAACAAAACUGUUGGUGAAAUUAAGGCCUGAUUGGUUCCUAACAAUGACUUUUUUUGAUUAGUUGCUGCUAAUCUUGUCUUCCUCCUCUGAUUAGUUUGUUAUAUUAUUUAUUUUAUGCUGAUGAUUUCUGGAGCUCUUCCGCUCAUGUAAGUUGUGUAUGUUGAACACAAUUUUAGUGUUUAACACUCGCACACACUCUUCCGCUGAUCUUAGAAAUGUAUGUUUGAACACAAUUCUUAGUGAUAAACACUCGCACACACUAUGUAGAAA